AUGGAUGAAAAUAGUUCCAAGGUUGAUCCCACAGGGGAUCUUGGCAUGCAUGCCUUCUCCUGGACCACUGCACCUGUAUCUCACAUUGACCUAAUAAACAAAAACCCAAAUAUAUUUAGAGAUAAUUUCCAGGGAAAUUCAUUUUAUCCUGCAACUCAAGGCUCACUGCUCAAUCCUGAUCCUCCAGAUGAUGGUGUUUUGGGAGAGGUCCCUGAAGACAGCACCCAGCUGUUUGCUACUGCAAAAGAGGAGACGUGGUCCACAGACGUAUCCUUUAACAGCACAGAGAGGGCGGCCACUCUGCCUGUAUCAAGUCCUACGCGUCCAUCUGUGUCACAAAAAAAGGAUCAGAAAAGAAGUGCCUGCAUAAAUAUCACCAACAGCCAGUGCCAAAUGCUGCCAUAUAACUACACCACUCUAACCUCAGUUCUUUCCAUUGUCAAAAGCAUCGAAAUGGAAAAGUUCCUGAAGUUCUUCAGUUAUCUCAACCGUCUCAGCUGCUAUCAACACAUCAUGAUGUUUGGCUGUAGUCUUGCUCUUCCUGAAUGCAUCAGUGACGGUGAUGACAGUCGAGGCCUACUGCCCUGCAGGACAUUUUGUGAGGCAGCAAAAGAAGGCUGUGAGCCAGUCUUGGGGAUGGUAAAUGCUUCCUGGCCAGAAUUCCUCAAGUGCUCCCAAUUCCAAAACAAAACGGAAAAUGACACCGCCACAAGGGUAUGCUUCUCACCACACCAAGAGAAAGGAAAACAAACACUGUGUGGAGGAGAGGAGAGCUUCCUGUGCGCGAGUGGCAUCUGCAUCCCGGGGAAGCUGCAGUGCAACGGCUACAACGACUGCGAUGACUGGAGCGAUGAGGUCCAUUGCA